AAACCACUGGAUUGCCUCUCCACCCCCUCCCCCACCCCCAGUUGAAACUUGAUUUCUAAGUAUAAUUUCUCUUAAAUUAUCAUAAAUCAUCUCUGAUUUUCCCCCAAUUAAAAGGGGUGAUCACAGCCAUUCUUGCAUCACUUUCUCACACCAACACAAGCUAGAAAUCUUGGUGCCAUUGCUGACAUUAUGGGGCGACAGUGUAGCAGCAGUGUGAAGCAGCAGAAGCUCAGGAAAGGGCUGUGGUCUCCUGAAGAAGAUGAGAAACUGUUUGAUCAUAUCUCCAAAUCUGGUGUCGGCUGUUGGAGCUCUGUUCCUAAAUUAGCAGGUUUGCAAAGAUGUGGGAAGAGUUGCAGGCUGAGAUGGAUUAAUUAUUUGAGGCCUGAUCUCAAGAGAGGAAUGUUUUCUCAAGAAGAAGAGGGUUUAAUCCUUAAUCUCCAUGAAGCACUAGGAAACAGGUGGGCUCAAAUUGCAUCACAGCUGCCAGGAAGAACAGACAACGAGAUCAAGAACUUCUGGAACUCGUCUCUGAAGAAGAAGCUUCAAAAACAGGGGAUUGAUCCGAACACACACAAACCAGUAGAAAUCCAGGUGAAAAUGGAGCAAGACUAUUCAGAGCUGCAAAACUCCUCAAAACAAGCCGCCUACGAUCCCAUAUUCAUGUCUGAAUUUCAAGAAAGCAUCGAUUUCAACACUCCAUCUUCCUACAGGCCUUACGACCCCGGCUGCGGAUUCAACUCGAUCCCGAAUUUGACGAAUUUCGAUCACCACACAGACUAUUCGGAUAGCUCGGGGGCGUAUUUAAUGAAGGAGAGCUCCAGCAACAGCAGCAAUCCUAGGAUGGAGGCGAAAACCGACAUGAUCAAUGCAUUCUCAUUGGAAUCCAUAUUUGAGUUUCAGUUUGAUGGAGCUGAUGAGAGGAGCUAUGCAUUGGCGUCGCUGUCGCAAGAGCUUAGUGAAGCUUUUCAGUAAAUAUGGGAUGUAAUUUUAUUUUUUUUUCACUUUCUUCACACACACACAUAUAUAUAUGUAAUACUGAAACAGAGUUUGAUGGUUGAUAGGUGUAGGGAAGUUUUCCAGUUGAAAUUGUUUAGUUUCGUUGUUCUCUCACUCUCUCUGUUUCAUUAUAUGCAAGAUUGUUGAUCAAUAAGAGAGAGUUGGUUCUUGUCAUGUGAUUCAAGAAUUGUAAUUUGUUUUUAAGUUUUGAUUAAAAGAAGUUUAGUGGUUUUGGUUGUGAAA